AUGUCUAUGGUGCCUGCUGGAGUCAACAUUGGUCAGGCGACCUUCUGGUUCGGGGUGACGGGCAAGAUCAUCUGUCCCAUUGGAUGUACGCAAUUCAACAAUACUUCUGCGGCGCUUUCGAAGACGUCAGUCAAGUCGUUCAAGGCCACCUAA